AUGUCUGCUGCCGCCGCCGGCUGGGGUCAGCCUUUGGCAACGAACUCGCCAGCGUCUCGACGAUCAUUAGGUCACUUCCGGUCUCUCUCCUCCAUCGCAGCUACCCCUAGCUACCACCCUCGAACCCCGUCGCUCACUCCCGACCAUACACCGAUAAAGUCCUCUUCCUCGACGCAUUUGCCUCUGGGUCUAAAAAAUGCAUCUGCAGAUUUCGGCGACGAAAUGAGCACCAUACCAGACCCCCGAAGCCGUGCCAUCAGCCCAGCUGAUGACAGUGGUAUUGUGACUCCCAAUCACCAUCCUGAUCUCAAUGACGAAGUUGCCACCCUUAGCAACAAACUUAUCAAUGCAAUCAACCACCAGACGAUAUUAGACGACUCCUUAUCUGCUGCUCGCCACGAACUUGAUGCCGCACGCGAUCGUAUUCGCGAUUUGGAAACCCAGAAUGCUUCGCAACGUGAAAUGCUGGCAGGUGACGUAUGGGUUCGCAAACAUACUGUUGAGGCUGAAAAGAAGGUUUGGCAGUCUAAAAUAGCUGCAGAACGCCAAAAGCGUCUCGACACGGAAAUGGAAAAGAAGAAGAUCGAGCAAGAGCUCGAAAAUCUUACAGCCGCAUUAUUCGAGGAGGCAAACAAGAUGGUUAUCGCUGCUAAGGAGGAGGCCAAAACCGACCACGAGGCCUUGCAGCGCAAAAACGACCAACUCAAGUCCCAGCUGGCCGACACAGAGAGCAUUCUCAAGUCACAACAGGAGCAACUUGUUGAGCUCAAGCACGUAAUGGAACAUAUGGCCGCUGGGCGAGAGGAACACAUCAACCCUACUGCUCCCUCUUCUCCUGGAUUAGCGAAACCUGAUACUCGAGAUGACAGACGAUCUUCCACUGAAGAGCCGGUUCCUUCAUUAUGGGGCGCCGGCACUGUCGUCGAACCUUGUCACCCGAUGAGCUUCUCCCAUCUUAUUCAGCCUGUACUGCGAACCGAUCUUGCUUCCUACGAUGACUUUGUGAGCCUGACACGAAUCUCUCGAAAUCGCGCUAGCAGUCGGGUGUCCUCAGGCUCUGUAAGCGCCCUGAAUGCGCUGACAGGGUUUGGCCUUGGUGGUUCGAUAUCAAGUGCACACCCCUCGAAUGCAUCGACUACUUCGCUCGGCACUCCCAUCCCUGGACCCGGAAGUGCACCUCAGUCACCGAAUACACCAGCCUCGACUAUCAGCGCUGCUUCGAACGCUUCCGCCACUCCUUUGCCAAGCCUGAAGGAGACAAAGUUCUACAAACGGGUUUUGGCAGAGGAUAUCGAACCCACUCUUCGGCUGGAUAUGGCGCCAGGCCUGUCCUGGCUGGCUCGCAGAUCAGUCAUCGCCUCUAUCGCUGAUGGAUCUCUAGUUGUUGAGCCUGUGCCGACGACUGGGUCUCUCGUGGCGUUGACUAAGCCACAGUUUUACCCAUGCUCCUUGUGUGGUGAUUCCCGUAAAGAUCCUGAAUAUCUUCGUAACCACCGAUUCCGAACAAGCGAGACCGACUCUGCUCAACGGCACCCUUUAUGCAAGUAUUGUCUUACUCGUGUGCGCUCGACAUGCGAUUUUCUAGGCUUUCUGCGCAUGGUUAAAGAUGGCCAUUGGCGAGCAGAUAACGAGGAUCACGAGAAGGCUGCUUGGGAAGAGAGUGUGCGACUCAGGGAACAGAUGUUUUGGUCUCGCAUUGGCGGAGGUGUCAUUCCCAGCGUUCCGGUGCCAAUCUCCGUCGACAUGGAAAAGAGCCCUCGCAACAGCCACGAUGGCAGUAUAAGGUCGGAUCAUCUCGAAGUUCCCGGAUUCCAAACCCCACCCACAACAAUGGAGCGAACACAUGGCGCUAUGAACAAGACUGGAUCGAUCGAAGAACCGCAUACACCCCCUAUGCAAACUGACGGAACAACAAGCGUUCGUACUUCUGUCCAGUCUCUCGAAGUGAAGAGUGCCUCAGGAUCAGAAGAAACGAAGCGAUUGUCUCUCACAAUCCCAACUUCUGAUUAA